AAUCUAGUAAAUUAAAAUAUAAUAUCCUUCUAUUAUUAUAAGCCAAUAGCUAAGUCCACACUUUGUCCUAUAUAAGCCACUCCCUCCAAGGUGGAAUUUCAACUCAUUCAACAUUCAACAAUAUUCAACACAAACAAAAAAACUCAACAAAAAGCUCUAUGGCAACUACAACUUCCACUCUAUUAAUUCAAGAAUUCAUGGAGAACUUCCACUACUCAAGAAGAUUACUCCGGGAGGCGGCCACCAUGGCGCCACCUCCUAUGGCAGCCGGAAUUAGCCACGAUACAAUUGAUGAUCUACAAAUUGGAAAAAAUGUCAACACAUUUGAUGCAAAUGUUAUUAUGGUAUUAGCAGUACUUGUAAGUGCCAUAAUUUGUUCACUUGUGUUGAACUCCAUCAUAAAAUGUUUCUUUAGGUGUUCUACCCUAGUUUUAAUAGACUCAUACUCAAUCCAUACAAAUCCUUCAUCAACCAAUAAAGGGAUCAAGAAAAAAGCCCUCAAGACAUUUCCAAUUAUAACAUAUACUACUGAAUUGAAACAUCCAGGACUUGAUUCUGAAUGUGUCAUUUGCUUAUCAGAGUUCGUAGUUGGGGAGAAAGUUAAGGUUCUACCAAAGUGCAACCAUGGAUUCCACGUCAAGUGUAUCGAUAAAUGGCUCAAUUCACAUUCUUCUUGCCCUACUUGUAGACAUUGCCUCAUUGAAACUUGUCAAAAAAUUGUCAACGGUGACAAUUCUGUUACUACAAAUGCAACAGUUGAAGAAAUUGUAAUAAGGAUUGAACCUCUAGAACGUGAAGGUGUUUUAUCUAAUUAACAAUCAAAAUUAGAAAGAAAAAUAGGAUUAAUUAGUUAUUAAUUGUAUGUAUGAUGUAGAAAAAUUAGCUAUCUAGCAUUAUGAGGUCAAUGUCAUGUAGCUUUCCAAUGAUCCAUAAGUACUCUUG